CCUCCCUCCCUUACUGUCACAGUCUCUUUCCAGAGCAGACUACUAACUCCUCAGAGGAUAUAGGAUACACUAAUGGAGGGCCCUGGAAGAAGGACCUUUAUCGCUCUGUGCCUCUACACUGCACUACUUACUCUCUCAGAAGUAAACUCAGAGAUCGUCCAUAUUCCGUCCGUGCUCCAUGGCGUCAAAGGGAAGUCCCUCCUCCUUUCCGUGGAGACUUACUUCCGAUUGGAGGACGUUGAGAUCCAGGGCAGCUGGUACCAGACCCGGCCAGGGGGCCCCAAAACCCUGCUGGUGACAUUCCACAACCACACAGUCAUCAUGCUGGCCUCGAUGAGACACAGGAACCGCUACUUUUUCCAGCCCCCCAACGCCUCUCUCCUGAUCCCCAGACUGGACGAGGCGGCGGAGGGAGACUAUCACCUGGACCUGGACAUUCACUUCCCCCAGAGACAGGAGCUCGUCCGGGCCGAGAGGACUGUCCACGUCACCGUCGAUGUACCUGUGUCCACUCCAGUUAUCCAGAAGACACCAUCUUCUACAGUUGUUGAGGACAAGGAGAACGUGACGUGGACCUGUAGGGUGGAGAACGGAACCAGGGUCCAGUACCAGUGGCUGAGGAACGACAUGCCCCUAGAUGCUAGUGAUCGCCAUCAGUUUUCCCAGGACAACUCUACUCUGGUGAUAAGCCCUGUGAGGAAGAAGGACAUUGGACAGUACCGCUGCCUGGCCAGGAACCACAUCAGCCAGAGACAGAGCCACACCCUGGACCUCAGUGUCUUCUAUGGCCCCUACAACCUGGCUGUGAAGUCUGACCAUGGUCUGCGAACUGGAGAGGUCUUCACAGUGAACCCUGGUGAGCUGGUGUUCUUCGACUGUCAGGCCGACUCCAACCCUCCCAACAGCUGUAUGUGGAUCUCUAAGACCAACAACGCCACUGAGGUCAUCACUGUGGGACUGCGCCUGGAGGUCACCUCCUACAAACUGGCCCAGGCCGAGGAGUUCCUGUGUAGGGCGUUUAACAAUGUGACCCAGAAGCAGGACGAGACCCAGUUCACCCUGGUGGUGGCCAGCCUGGGGACAGGACAGGAGAGAUAUGUCCAGGAGAGCAGAUCAUUCUCUCCUCUGGCUGCCAUCACUCUGUCCUGUCUGUUCAUUAGCUGUAUGUUACUGGUCUACUUCAGAAGGAGUUGUCAUCAUCCCAAGAGAGUUCUCAUGAACAUCUAUAACAGACCUUUGACAGAACAGAGAGGCCCACACCGUUCGGGUCAUGAGGAUGCAACGGAAGACUUUGGCAUCUAUGAGUUUGUCUCUAUACCUGGGAAAAUGGAAUCUACACAGGCAUCCAGCAGAUCUCUGGCACACCUAGAGUCUGUCCAGGAUUUGCAUACCACCAUCUAUGAUGUCAUCAGGCACAUCCCUGAAACUCCCACGCUGGCUACCCAGAGUCUGCUGGGAAAGCAGUGUGAAGGUUAACCAGAGACCAGAGUAUCCCAAAUUGCAUCCCAAAUUGAACUAUUUUUCCCUAUAUAAGAAUACAUAUAUCCUGAGUGUCGCAGCGGUCUAAGGCACUGCAUCUCAGUGCUAGAGGCGUCACUACAGACCCUGGUUCAAUCCCGGGCUGUAUCACA